AUCUAUAAAUAGUCGCCCCCUUGGGCUUGGCCCCCAUUCAAUUCAAUUCAAAACCUCCGUUUUGGUUUUCCUUUGCGUUUUCCAAGUAGCAUAAUUUAUUGGACAUACUCCAAACUUCAAUUGAUUAUCGAUCUGAUUGGUCUCUCUCUGAUCCGAUCUGGUCUGCGAAAUGAAGGAGAUGGCUCGGGCGAGCUCCGGCCUCGCCUACCCGGAGAGGUUCUACGCCGCCGCCUCCUACGUCGGCUUCGGCGGAUCUCCGAAUCCUUCCUCCAAGAGCGUCACCUCCAAGUUCUCCAACGACGUCGCUUUGCUCCUCUACGCCCUCUACCAGCAGGCAACUUUAGGCCCCUGUACGAUACCGAAACCUAGAGGUUGGAGUCCUAUUGAACAAGGCAAAUGGACAAGCUGGCAGGGACUUGGAACCAUGGCUUCCACAGAAGCAAUGCGUCUCUUUGUAAAGAUACUGGAGGAAGAAGAUCCAGGGUGGUAUUCAAGGGUAUCGAAUUUUGUUGCAGAGCCUGUUUUAGAUGUGGAAGUAAAUCACAAUCCAAAAGUUGAGGCAGUUAUGCAGAAUGGAAACGCUCAUCCUGAGACAAAGACUAAUCCUGAGACAAAAACUAUUCCCAUUGAAAACGGAAGCAUGUUGCAAAGUCAAGAUAAAGGUGUUGCAUUGGAUUGUCUUGGUUCUAUUAGUCUCUAUGAUCAAUGGGUUGGACCUCCAGUGAAUGGUCCACGCCCAAAAGCACGAUACGAGCAUGGAGCUGCAGUUAUUGAUGACAAGAUGUAUGUAUUUGGCGGAAAUCACAAUGGACGUUACCUUAAUGAUCUUCAGGUUCUAGAUUUGAGAAGUUUUACUUGGUCCAGGGUAGAAGUUAAAUCUGGAGCGGAGUCUCUAGAAUCACCUUCUUCCUUACCAGUGCCUCCCUGUGCUGGCCAUUCCCUGAUACCGUGGGGCACAGAUAAGCUUCUUUCAGUAGCUGGACAUACGAAAGAUCAGUCCGAAGCUAUCCAAGUAAAGGUCUUCGAUCUUCAAACUGGUACUUGGUCAACCUUGAAGACUUACGGGAAGCCACCGGUUUCACGCGGAGGCCAAUCUGUGACCGUUGUUGGCUCAAGUUUAAUCAUAUUUGGUGGACAAGACGCAAAGAGAUCCCUUCUGAAUGACCUGCACCUUCUUGACUUGGAAACCUUGACAUGGGAUGAAAUAGAUGCGGUGGGGGUGCCGCCUUCCCCAAGGUCCGAUCAUGCUGCUGCAGUACAUGCAGAACGUUACCUUCUUAUUUUUGGUGGGGGUUCACAUGCUACUUGCUUCAACGAUCUGCAUGUUCUUGAUUUACAAGCGAUGGAAUGGUCAAGACCAAAACAACAGGGUGAGAUACCAAGUCCUCGGGCCGGCCAUGCAGGUGUCACAGUUGGGGAGAACUGGUUUAUUGUUGGUGGUGGUGACAAUACAACUGGGGCCUCAGAAACCGUUGUCCUCAACAUGUCUACACUUGUUUGGUCUGUUGUAACUACUAUUCCAGGACGCGUUCCUCUUGCUAGUGAGGGCUUGAGUUUGGUCUUGAGCUCGUACAAUGGUGAAGAUAUCCUAAUAUCUUUUGGAGGUUACAACGGGCGUUACAACAACGAGGCUCAUGUCCUUAAACCGAGUCAUAAAUCAACCUUGCAAUCAAAGAAGGUGGAGACUGUACCUGACAGUGUAUUGGCUGUUCAAAAUGCAACAAAUGCCACCAGAGACAUGGAGUCGGAGGGCCAAGAAGGGAAAAUAAGGGAGAUCGUCAUGGACAAUGUUGAUUCAGAGCCCAAGAUAACCAAUGAAGAAAGUCUUUUAUCAGCACUCAAGUCAGAGAAGGAGGAAUUAGAAUCAUCACUCAACAAGGAGAAGAUGCUGUCGCUCCAGCUAAAGCAAGAGUUAACUGAAGCUGAGACACGAAACACAGAUCUUUAUAAGGAGCUCCAAUCUGUUCGUGGUCAGCUUGCUACUGAGCAGUCUAGAUGUUUCAAACUCGAGGUUGAUGUAGCAGAACUACGACAAAAGCUGCAAACAAUGGAGACAUUACAAAAAGAACUUGAACUUCUCCAACGACAGAAAGCUGCUUCCGAACAAGCUGCUGCCUUAAAUGCAAAACAGAGGCAGAGCUCAGGCGGUGUGUGGGGUUGGCUUGCUGGAGCCCCUCCGAGCCAAAAAUCCGACGAUGACUGAAAAUAUAGAACCCCAAAAUACAUGAUAAGUGCUAUUUUUGGGACUCAUUCAUCCAUUUUUUUCCUGGUUCUUAAAGUAAUUUCAUUGGCAAGUCUUUAACCCUGUUCUUUUGAGAUGUGGAAAUAAGAUGUUCAGUUUCUCUCUCGGCUAAAGGAAACAUAUAGUGCCCUGUACACCAAUACAUGUUUGUAAUUUCAGCUGUGUAAUUAAACUUUUCUGUUCAGAUUUUCAUCAGUCAUUUUGUAUUUAUUGCAAAGAAAAUACCAAGUGGACGGAUAGAAUACCAUUAUUUGCAGAUUUACUUGAUGAUUAUAACAUUUUCGCAAGUUUCUUUU